AUGCCGCGAAAUCAGCAGAAGCCGCAAAAGCCGGCGCAGCCGCAAGAGCCGCAGUUCCACGACCAGCCAGUAGCGCAUUCGGGCAUCCAUUCGCAGCCAGAGAUCCAUUCGCAGCCAGAGAUCCAUUCGCAGCCAGAGAUCCAUUCGCAGCCAGAGAUCCAUUCGCAGCCAGACGUGCAGUCCCAGGAAACUCUGCUCGACGAGGAUCCGGGCAUGCAGAAUAUGGAGGCCAGCAAGUCCAAACGACGCGAGUACAAUCACCGUAACUAUGGAGAGCUAACUGGUCUUGGGACCAGCAAGAGUAACAACUUGAGAAAGUUUGCGAAGGCAGCUUCCAGGUCUCAACAUCCCCUUACCAACGAUCAAGCCCUUCUAUCCAAAACCAAAAUCUCACAGUGUGAUAUUGUACAAAAACCCUGGAACUGCCGAUUGAAGUUAUAG